AUGAGAGAAGUAAUAAGUAUCCAUGUAGGACAAGCUGGUAUUCAAGUUGGAAAUGCUUGCUGGGAAUUGUUUUGCCUAGAGCAUGGAAUACAGCCCGAUGGUCAAAUGCCCUCUGACAAGGCUUCUAGAGCUAAUGAUGAUGCUUUUAAUACAUUCUUUUCAGAAACGGGGGCAGGAAAACAUGUACCACGUUGUGUUUUUGUCGAUUUAGAGCCAACCGUUGUUGAUGAAGUCAGAACAGGAACUUAUCGUCAAUUAUUUCAUCCUGAACAAUUAAUAUCAGGAAAAGAAGAUGCUGCCAACAAUUUUGCAAGAGGACACUAUACAAUCGGUAAAGAAGUUAUAGAUGUAUGUUUGGACAGAAUUAGAAAAUUAGCUGAUAACUGUACCGGUUUACAAGGAUUUUUAAUGUUCAGCGCAGUUGGAGGUGGAACAGGUAGUGGAUUUGGUUGUUUAAUGUUAGAAAGAUUAUCAGUUGAUUAUGGAAAGAAAUCCAAACUGAAUUUUUGCUGUUGGCCAUCACCUCAAGUUUCAACUGCUGUAGUUGAACCAUACAAUUCAGUUUUGUCUACUCAUUCAUUAUUAGAACAUACUGAUGUAGCAAUAAUGCUUGAUAACGAAGCUAUAUAUGAUAUAUGCAGAAGAAAUUUAGAUAUUGAAAGACCAACAUAUACUAAUUUAAAUAGAUUGAUUGCUCAAGUUAUUUCUUCCUUAACAGCAUCUUUAAGAUUUGAUGGUGCUUUAAAUGUUGAUGUAACAGAAUUCCAAACCAACUUAGUACCAUACCCUCGUAUUCAUUUUAUGUUAUCUUCAUAUGCUCCAGUUGUUAGUGCUGAAAAAGCAUACCAUGAACAAUUGUCCGUUUCUGAAAUUACCAACUCAGCCUUCGAACCAGCAAAUAUGAUGGCAAAAUGUGAUCCGAGACAUGGAAAAUAUAUGGCUUGUUGUUUAAUGUAUAGAGGUGAUGUAGUACCAAAGGAUGUAAACGCAGCUGUUGCUACCAUAAAAACAAAAAGAACCAUUCAAUUUGUUGACUGGUGUCCUACUGGUUUUAAAUGUGGUAUAAAUUAUCAACCACCAACUGUUGUACCAGGAGGAGAUUUAGCCAAAGUUAUGAGAGCUGUUUGUAUGAUCAGCAACUCAACAGCAAUUGCAGAAGUAUUCUCAAGAAUGGAUCAAAAAUUUGAUUUAAUGUAUGCAAAAAGAGCUUUUGUUCAUUGGUAUGUAGGUGAAGGUAUGGAAGAAGGAGAAUUUAGUGAAGCUAGAGAAGAUUUGGCUGCCUUAGAAAAAGAUUAUGAAGAGGUAGGAAUUGAAUCCAAUGAAGCAGAAGGUGAAGACGAAGGAUAUGAAGCAGAUUAUUAA